AUGUUCUUCUCAUUUCCCCCAAGCACUCUCUCUGUCCUCUCCAUUCGCUUUUCAGGCAAAAAGCUCCCAUCGCCAUUCUGCCCAUCUCCGCCAUCGAAUGGGAUCCGACGCCAUCCGUCCGUUAGCGGCCACGAUGACACAGCCCUGAUUUGCAGCGAUGGAGAAUGGCAUUGUCCCAGUGAGCAGCAAUAUCAGAAUCCCGAGGACCAGCUGAACGCCUUCUUGUGCAACUUGUGCAUCUCACAAUCCACUCAAGAGGGAGGUGGACCAACAACAAUGAGAUCGAGAGCUGCUCGUAUUGGAGAUUGAAGGAGCUGUUGAAGAUGAAAAAGCUCUAGUCUCUUCAAACGGCUACCAUAUUUAGAUUUAGGAUUUUUUUGUUUUCUUUUAUUUGCUUUUAUUAAGUGUAACACUUUUGUAUGAGUUAAGGAUCCAUGCAACAUUGAUGAACAGUUGUAAGACUUUAAUCAAAGCAAUAUAAGUACUCCUUCUGAGAGUUAUCGCACUUGUGUCACUUGAGUUGAGACCCAACAGUUGUCCACAAAGUUUGACCCAAACUCCUUGUAAAAUCUGGAAAAUGUAAUUGGUGCAUGGUUUCGCAAUGUAUUAUAUCAUUAUAUUUGACUUUAUAGUUGAAACACAUUAAUCAAA